AUGGAGGGCGCUCCGACGACAGCCAGGUACCGGGCCGAUGACAUCACCAAAGAGUGGUUGGAGCUCAAGGCCCAUGUUGGGGGAAAGCAGCCAGAGGUCGUCCGGCGAGACCGACCAGCUGAGGUCAUCGUCAGCCUGGCAGCCGCGACGGCUCUUCUUCCUGAGGCGAGGCCAAAAUGGCUCAGCCGAGCCCUGGAGAGCGUCACGGCGGGACAAACGCGCCCAAGUGAUCUCUUCGACGUCUUCAGCCAUGCACGCUUUGCUGCAGGCGUGUCCCCGGCGCUUGCUGCUCAGAUGUUGGAGGACCUGCGUCAGCAAGCGAGUUGCUUUCCAGAGAAGCUGAGGAAGGUCAUCUUGGACGAGGAGCUGCCCCUCGGGGAGAAGAAGCGACGCGCAGCGCAGCGCGUCCAGGCACCGGAGAAGGCAAAUCCGGCAGCUGAUGAGAUGUUCUCCAGAUGCAUUGACUUUGUCCGCAAGAACGAAUCCGUGGCCCAGUUGCACACUACUGUGUCCAGAAAGCCGCACAGUUCUCAUGCACGACGCUGGACUAGCACCAUGUACCAUCAGGACAUGCACGAUGCAUGA